GCUGCUGGCAACUGGCUUCACUCCCGCACGCCGACCUCCGGCUGCGGUCCUGCCUCCUCGGACUCCUGGCGGUUGCUGGUCUAGCUCCCUCGGCCCCUCAACCCCUCACCCCCGCCAGGGGGUCCGCGGGGCCGGCGUCCCACUCGUCCCCCCAGGAGACACCCUUUUUCUGUGCGCCCGGGACUUGGUGAAACUUUGCAGGAGCCGGCGGGGAAAUGGAUUUAAUCCAAGGCAUCUUGUUCCGGCUCUUGCUCCUGGCUUCCAGCCUCCAGUCCGGCUCCGUGUUGCUUGGGGAAGCUCGCCGAAAACCAGGCAAGGUGGGGCCUCCUCUGCGCGUCGUGCUGGACGCAUUGAACUGUACGGCUUUCAGCAUCCAGUGGAAGCUGCCAAGGCAUCCCAGGCACCCCGUCGUGGGGUACACCGUCUCUUACUCUGCGGUGGGCGCCGAUGAACCCCUGCGGGAGCGGAACCGCAGCGUGCAGCUGGGCCAGGACUCCGCCACCGGGCAGCCCGAGCCUCCGGUGAUUUUUGAGGAAGUGAUCGGAGAUUUGAAACCAGGCACUGAAUAUCAAGUGAGGGUAGCAGCUUCCAGCCUGACAGGCAAAGGGUGGCUUAGCUCUCCUCAGCAUGUUACCACCUUGCCCCAAGAUUCCUGCCUGCCUCCAGCAGCACCCCAGCAGCCACACGUCACUGUGGUUUCCGAGUCCGAGGUGGCCCUAUCUUGGAAACCUGGAGAGAGUGAAGGAAGCUCCCCUAUUCAGUACUAUUCCGUGGAAUUCAUCAGGCCAGAUUUCGACAGCAGUUGGACCUUCAUCCAAGAGCGGAUCCAGAUGGACUCCAUGGUUAUCAAGGGCCUCGAUCCGGACACGCACUACCAGUUUGCAGUGAGAGCCAUGAAUCCCCACGGCCGCAGCCCGCGCAGCCCGCCCAGCCACACCGUCCGGACCUCCCGCCCCGAGGAGGAGGGAAGUGGCCGCUACGGACCCCAUUAUCUAACGAACACGGGAGUCAGCGAGGAUGACGAGGGAUUUGAAGACGACUUAGAUCUGGAUAUUUCCUUUGAGGAGGUUAAACCACUUCCUGCUACCAAAGAAGGGAAUAAAGUGUUGGUGGAAUCCAAGUUUGUGCCAAGAUCAAACCCAAAGACCAUUGCGAGGCUUGUCCCCCCGACUCCAGCCUCUCUCCCGCCGGCUCCGGUGGCUCCCCAGCCCACUCCGCUGAAGAGACAAGGGAAGAACGGUGUGCCUGCGAUGCCCAGGCUCUUUGACAAGCCGUGCGAUGAAACUCUCUGCCCCGGUGACAGCUUUUGUGCCAAUGACUACACCUGGGGGCGCUCACGGUGCCACUGCAACCUGGGCAAAGGUGGUGGGAGCUGCUCAGAAGAUGUUGCUAUACAGUACCCUCAGUUCUUCGGCCACUCCUAUGUAACCUUUGACCCUCUGAAGAACUCCCAUCAGGCAUUUCAAAUCACUCUGGAAUUCAGGGCAGAGGCGGAGGACGGCUUACUGCUCUACUGUGGGGAGAGCGAACACGAGAGGGGCGACUUCAUGUCCCUGGCCAUCAUCCGACGCUCACUCCAAUUCAGGUUUAACUGUGGAACUGGGGUUGCCAUCAUCGUAAGUGAGACCAAAAUCAAACUAGGGGCCUGGCACACGGUCAUGCUCUACAGAGAUGGGCUGGACGGGCUGCUGCAGCUAAACAACAACACGCCGGUGACGGGCCAGUCCCAGGGCCAGUACACUAAAAUCACCUUCAGGACGCCUCUUUAUCUUGGUGGGGCUCCCAGUACUUACUGGUUGGUCAGAGCCACAGGAACAGACCGAGGCUUUCAAGGCUGCGUGCAGUCGCUCACGGUGAACGGGGAGAGAGUGGACAUGCGGCCCUGGCCCCUGGGGCGAGCCCUCAGUGGGGCCGAUGUGGGCGAGUGCAGCAGCGGGAUCUGUGACGAGACCUCGUGCAUCCACGGCGGCACCUGCACGGCCGUCAGAGCUGACAACUACAUCUGCCUCUGUCCCCUGGGAUUUAAAGGGCGACACUGCGAGGAUGCUUUCACCCUGACCGUUCCUCAGUUCAGAGAGUCCCUGAGGUCCUACGCUGCCACGCCCUGGCCCCUGGAGCCCCGGCGGUACCUGUCCUUCAUGGAGUUUGAGAUCACCUUCCGGCCGGACUCGGGCGACGGCGUCCUCCUGUACAGCCACGACACGGGCAGCAGAGACUUCCUGUCCAUCAACCUGGCGGGGGGCCACGUGGAGUUCCGCUUUGACUGUGGCUCCGGGACUGCUGUGCUCAGGAGUGAAGACCCCCUCGCCCUCGGCCGCUGGCACGAGCUGCGUGUAUCUCGCACAGCGAAGAACGGUAUCUUGCAGGUGGAUAAGCAGAAGGUGGUGGAGGGCAUGGCGGAGGGCGGCUUCACGCAGAUUAAUUGCAACACGGACAUCUUUAUUGGCGGAGUCCCCAGUUACGACGCGGUGAAGAACAAGUCAGGCAUCCUCAGGCCCUUCAGCGGGAGCAUCCAGAAGAUCACCCUGAACGACCGCGCCAUCCACGUGAGGCACGACUUCACCCGCGGCGUGAACGUGGACAACGCCGCCCACCCGUGCGUGGCGGGCCCCUGUGCCCACGGGGGCAGCUGCCGGCCGCGGGAGGAGGGCUACGAGUGUGACUGCCCCCUGGGCUUCGAGGGCCUGCACUGCCAGCAAGCCAUGACAGAAACCAUCGAGAUCCCGCAGUUCAUCGGCCGCAGCUACCUGACCUACGACCACCCAGACAUCCUCAAGAGUUUCGAGUCUGCCAUCCCCCACAACACCGCCAGCACCAUCCUCGAAUUUUCCUUCCUCUUCAGGUUGACUGUUUCCUAA